AUGCUGAUGUCCCAUGCCAAGAAUGCACAAACAAAGCCAACUGCCACAACUAAACUAAGGGAAGAACGAGAAGUACGCCGGUGGUUGGAAGUGUAUUCGCGGAGUGGCUGUGAGCCAAGAGACAGUCUGGUGGAGGUUUGGCGCGAGUUUCCAGAAGAGACGCACCACCUGUUUGUCCCUGCGUGUGUGUCGCUGCAGCGCUGUGGAGGCUGCUGUGCUGACGAGGCCUGGGAGUGUGUGCCCACACACACUCACAAACUCACGAUGGAGCUAAUGAGGACCUCUUUCAUGAACCAUGAACUUGUUGAGCUGCCGUUCGAGGAGCACAGCAGGUGUGACUGCAGAAUAAAGGAACAGUUCCAGACAACACCUGCCACAAGAUCUCGUGAGAAAACGACAAGAAGACACAGGCAAAAGGGAAACAAAAGGGGAAAAUCCAAACAAAAGACCACGGAAUCUCCCAGUGCUGUAAUUACUGAAGCUUCACCUGAUACCCAGUCAACGGCAUUAUCAGUUACAUCUGCCUCCAUCGGGCCAGUGGCUUCUGCCUCAACUCCACGCUGUGACCCGUGCAGAGGACGAAGGUGGACCCUUGACUCAACGUCCUGUCAGUGUCGCUGCAGGAUCAACCCAGAAAGCUGCAGUCAAAAAGGCCACAAGCUUAAUGUCCGGAGAUGCAGGUGUGAAGCAAUGAGGACGUGA